AUGAUUUACGAAGUUCGUACCUAUGACAUGAAGCCGGGCAGCGUAGCCAUGUUCGAGGAAAACUUUGGGAACGCCCUGCCGGCGCGCCAGGAAGUAUCCCCGCUGGCUGCAUUCUUCCACACCGAUAUAGGUCCCCUGAACCAGGUCAUACACAUUUGGCCUUACGAUAGCGAGGAUCACCGCGAAGAGUGCCGCGCCGUCUCCAUUGAGGGCUGGCCCCCGCAAAACGGCGGCAACAUCCUCAACAUGGACUCGCAGAUCUGGAACCCCGCCGAGUUUAUGACUCCUAUGGGCGACCGGGAACUGGGCAACAUUUACGAAAUGCGGAUUUACACCUACCAGGAAGGCUCCAAGGACGAAGUUCUGAGCCGCUGGUCCAAUGCCAUCAGCCACCGGGAGCAGUAUUCCCCGCUGGCCGCCGGAAUGUACAGCGACCUGGAGGACGGCACCUUCCAGUGGAUGCACGUCUGGCCCUACGAGGACCUGGCUGCCCGUGGCCGCGUCCGUUCCGAGGCCGGCGAGAACCCCAACUGGCCCCCGCCGACCCGCGAGUUCCUGGUGAAGCAGGAAAACAAGAUCGUAAUCCCCGCGUCCUUCUCCCCCAUGCACUAG